UUAAUUAUAUUUUUUUAUUGUUAUUAUUUUUUUACGUGUCGGGAAAGGUUAACGAGCCCAAAAAAUCCUACCCACACCGGAUUUCAGAUUUGAGCUUUACCGUCACUGUUCAACUUGGUGCUACGGAACGGACCAGAAGGACAAGUCCCGCCUCUUCGCUUAGCUCGUUGCUGUUGAUCGGCUUAUUCUCUAAUCAAUUAUUUCAUACAGGUAUUUAAAACUCGGAUUCCUGAGUUUCCACUGUGAAGCUUUUGUUUCCUUUGUUUGGUGGGAAUCUUCCUAUUUACGCCUCUUAUACAAUUGAGUAAAUUUGGAGCUAAUUUGGAAAUGGGCAACUCUGGAUUUUGAUUAAAUUGUAUUGGAGAAAAUGGUGUUGGUUUUAGCUAUAGGAGACCUUCACAUACCUCACAGGGCAGCUGAUCUGCCUCCGAAGUUCAAGUCCAUGCUUGUUCCUGGCAAGAUUCAACACAUCAUUUGCACUGGCAAUCUCUGCAUUAAAGAAGUGCAUGAUUAUUUGAAGAGUCUUUGUCCUGAUCUGCAUAUUACUCGUGGUGAAUAUGAUGAAGAUUCACGUUAUCCAGAGACUAAAACCCUCACCAUUGGCCAAUUUAAGCUUGGAAUAUGCCAUGGUCACCAGGUCAUUCCAUGGGGUGACUUGGAUUCACUUGCAAUGUUACAGAGGCAGCUGGAUGUUGAUAUCCUAAUAACUGGUCACACCCAUCAGUUCAAAGCCUAUAAGCAUGAGGGUGGUGUUGUUAUAAAUCCUGGCUCAGCCACUGGUGCCUACAGUAGUUUCACUUACGAUGUAAACCCAAGCUUUGUGCUGAUGGACAUUGACGGGUUGCGUGUUGUGGUUUAUGUGUACGAACUAAUCGAUGGGGAAGUAAAGGUUGACAAAAUUGAUUUUAAGAAGACAGCCACUACUCGCUCAUCACAUUGAUCCAUGUUCUAAUGAUCUCUGUACUUCUUGUAGUUCCCUAGAAUUUGUUUAGUUGAGGGGUCUUAUGUGACUAUAGAAGCCUUGUUAUCCUGUUUCUAAAUCUAAACACAAUACAUAUGGAGAUGAAUAAAUGUGUUUUUAUUGAUGA